GAGAUUGACUGUGUUGGUCAACCUCUCACCAUCAACGGUAUUUUUCUAAGCCGUUCCUCUGUAGAUUGCAGCCAUUUCUUUCAUCGGCUUGUGUCCUGUUAAUCGGCGUUGUAGCUUCUGUCUGUGACACAGAGCUCGGAGCGAACACAGGUCAGACCUUCCUCUGGUUUUCUCGGCUGGCUCUUUGGCCAGCUGAAUAUCGAUCGGGAUGGACCCAGCAAGCCGAUACCAAGUGUUGCACAACGAGGAUGACUCCUCGGAGGCCUCAGCCAGCGAACAGCAGCAGCCGUGCACUUCCGCCACGGCCCAGGCCGGUACGUCCAGCCAGGACCAGAGCCAGACCCGGGACGGACCAGCCACGGCCGCCACCUCAUCAGCGGGGGAGGCGUCGGGGUCGAGGCCUCAGGGGGAAGCGGAGGCACCUCCACCUCCAUACGCAUCCAUUGACCUGGGAGCAACUGCUGCCACACCUGAGACCAGUUUCCGAGGUGACUUCCCAGUGCCUCCGCCCUACAGCGUCGCCACCUCACUACCCACAUACGACGAAGCUGAGAAGGCCAAAGCCGCCGCCAUGGCUGCCUCCACUGUGGAGGUGAUGCCGAGGGAGGACGAAUUCCCCCCCAGAGACGAUUUCAGCGACGCCGAUCAGCUGCGAGUUGGAAACGAUGGAAUCUUCAUGCUGGCCUUCUUCAUGGCCUUCCUCUUCAACUGGAUUGGAUUCUGCUUGUCCUUCUGUUUGACCAACACCAUCGCGGGACGCUACGGAGCCAUCUGCGGUUUCGGCCUGUCCCUCAUCAAGUGGAUUCUCAUCGUCAGGUUCUCUGAGUACUUCACUGGCUACUUCAAUGGACAGUACUGGCUCUGGUGGAUCUUCCUGCUGCUCGGUCUGCUGCUCUUCUUCAGAGGUUUUGUUAACUAUCUGAAAGUUCGCAACAUGUCGGAGAACAUGGCCACCUCUCAUAGAACACGCCUCUUCUUCCUCUACUAAAGGUAUCCACAGCAUCACCGUUCCUCUUCAGUGUGAAGUUCCUUCUCUCCCCCUCGAAUGACCUGACCGAGGAGGCUUGCAGCGAAGAGAGGAGGCGGGGAAGGAACGAAGGAAAGAAAGUAGGGAGAAAGCGUUCUCAUUAAAAGCAUAACAGGACUCACUCUGAAAAUAUACAUCUUUUCGCGAAAACAUCUCCUCUCCGGCUCUGGUUUUGUUUUUCAUUUUGCUUUGAUUCAAAGGUCUUAACACAGGCGCGUGAAACAGCGAGCCAACGCACGCGUCACAUUUCUGAGGAGCAGGAAUGCCGUUGACAAACACAACUUUAGAUGCCGUCUUAAAUGAAGGAAACACAAGUCAUUUUGGUAGUUGUGAUCGGCACAGUGGCAGCAGUGUUAUCAGUUUAUAAUUGAAUGAGAGAACUUCAGUGUCUGUAAAGUGACAUUUGCAGUUUUAAAAUAGAAAAUGUGUAGGAGGCGGAAACCUGUUCUGAGCCUUUGAUAUUCAAAUUCCCCCCUCCAACUUUUGUGAUUAAGAUGAAGUAAGGAAUUCACCCGCUGCAGUAAAGACAUGAUGAUACAUCUUCAGCAGCUUGAAGUACUAGGUUUACCAUUCCACAGUGAUUAGUUUGAGGGUGUUUUGAGUCUUACUUGUGUUUUUCUAAUGCCGCCAUGAACACGUACGGCUCGACCAAAUUCAGUCCGCUGUAGCUGACGGUUUUAAAGCGUGCAUCCUACUAACACGUCAGCCUCUCUACUCCAGGAAGCGACGAACAGAAAAGUCCAAACCCAAAAGUAAAAUGGUAAAUUUUGAUCUUUAGGGCAGUCAAGUGUGCAUGAGGAAAAGCCAGUGAUAUUCAUCGAUGGCUCAGAAUCUAACACAGAGUAGGAAACAGCUUUUUCCUCUUUUAAUGUCCAAUUUUGUGAGACAAACAGUUAAAUGAAGUCCUGACCUCUGGACUUCAUUUUUCAUCUUUUUUUUUUUUUCUGGAACCUGUGAGCCACGAAACAAAUGUUUGAAACAAAGACGUGAAAACUUUGUCUAAAGAAACCUGUCUGUCAAUCAAAAUAGGAAAAUACAUGUCCUUAACAUACAAAAUGAGGCGUUUGUAAGCUAAGGCCCUCCCUUUCUGUCUUCUCAUGAUAACCGAUGAUAAGCUGACCUGACCUAUGCCUAAGCAGUAGUAGCAGUAGCAUUUCUUUUUCCAUCAUAUUUUUAGAAAAGCAGUGCUACGUGUUGACCUGGUCGGCAUUCUCUCUGUUUGAAUCAAAGACAAAUGAAAAGAAUGUUUCCAAAAUGCCGGCCUGACUGCCUAAACCAAAACUUUAUCAUCUGUUCUGAAGCAUAUUUUUCUUCUGAAGGCAAAAAAAAAACUACAACUCACCUUUUGUAGACACCUGCUUUUUCCUCUCCACACUGAUUGCCAAGUACGUCUGGCUAAACAAUAUCUGUAAGCUACCGAGGAGCACAGCCAAGCAGUGAAAGCUCCUGGGACAAGUCAGUGUUUUUAGGCUGCACAGGCGGCUCCUGUCGGAUCAGCGGAAAGCGACCCAAAGGCAGGAGGACCUGCCCCUGCCCCUGCUCCUCGCCGCUUUGCUGUCGUGGGAGCGAAAUAAACAUUUUACUUCUGUGCCGUGCAGAAACGGUUAAGGGUACCAGGCUUUGAGUAAAAGCUCUUAGGAGUCUUAUGCAAUGUAGUUAUUUGUAAUGACCUACAAUAUAAUAUACUUGUGGAUGUAAAGUCCUGUGAUCAUGGAAUAGAUGUAGAUGAGUAGUCACCAGAGAUGGCGAUCCAAUCAUGAGCUGAGGUUUGUUCCAGAGCGAAGCGAUUGUUAAAGCUGAGGUGCUGACUGAUCAAGUACAUAAAGUUAUUUUAAUGACCGGUCCAUCGGAGGAAAAUGCAAUAAAACCAAUUCAAAUGUGACUGGUUCUGCAUGUCGUGCAUGAUUUAGAGAAAACCAGCACACGGAUCUUGCUCUGGGAGUUUGGCUUUUAUGAUAAGAUUAGAUGUGAAGUUUCUUCCUUUUUUCUUUUCUUUCAUGGAGUGAGAAGCUUUUGGUGAUGUGACAUAACUCCUGUGGGGAAGGUGGUUUUUGUGUGGACAAGACAUCUUUAGCGUGCGACAAACUGAGAACAAGAUAAGCAGAUGUUGCCAUUUCUGUGACGCGCGUGUGUGUGUGUGUGUGUGUGUGUGUGCGUGUGCGUGUAAUAGCGGUGCGGUCAGGGGAUACUGUCCAGCGUGAAUGGAGCAUGAGCAGUGCGCGCCAUGAAAAUGGAGCCUGACUGGACAAAGAAAAAAAUAAAAAAAAAACCUACUAUUUGAUUCAUUGUGUCAUCCAGAAAAUGAAGUGUAUAUACAAGCUGAUGCCAAUUCAUAAUAUUUGCACUUUGAAGAACUUCUGUACAGUAUGAUUAGUGAAUCUGCUUAACUUGAUGUGGGUGUAGAAAAAAAAGUCAUCUUAGCCAUCCAAGUUUUUCAACUGGAAUUCUUAAUCAUCCUAAAUGGAUCAUAGCCUUUUGCACUUUUUAUUUUUCCAAAACGAUCAUAUUGUGUUAUUGUGCGUCUUGUUUCAUUGCUUUUAGCCUAAACUGUGACAGCUGAAGUAUUGCCAAACUUUUUAAAGCUUUCUUUUCUCUUUUUCUUUUCUUGUUUUAAAUGGUUUUGUUUUUUUUUCCUUUUGAACUCUGGUCAUAUCCCACUAAAGCCUCUUGAAGCAAUAUCACGAUCUUUCAAUGAAUUCAAGCUCUGCUGCAUGAUUCAUCCACCUGAAUGAGUGGGUUAAUAUUAGGAUUGGUCAAGUUCAAAUACAGUUUAUUCUUUGUACAUAAAUGAAGAGAAAUAAUGAGAUAGCAGCCAAGUAAUUUUUUUGUUUUUUUGUCCAAAAUAAUCCUUGUAACAUCUUCUGAAGCGGUUGUUAUGCAUUUAUUGUAAACUGUAACUGGAAUUGAAUUGACAGAUGAUGUCUUGCCAAAAUACCAAUAAAGUUCAAUUUUAUGUUGUGUUCAUUUUUUUGUGCUGUGUUGGGACCUGAAUUAUGUCAUUGUUGUCACAUGACACACAGAGGUUGUAGCUGUCAUUUGCACAUGUUUGAUUUUUGUAAAUGAGCACGAACUCUUUGAAGAAGAACGUUGUAACAUGGUGGACGCAAACCAGGGAGAUUUCACAGAAUAAAUAGUGAUAAACAGUGAUUACUCAGUGAUAAUAUUAAUAAUUUAAAACUGAAAACGUUUCUUAAACGUGUCAGACAGCAUGGUGUUUAUUCUGUUAUAUUCCUUGGGAAUUGUGAGGAAAUGUGUGGAAAUAGGUGGUAAAAGUCAGGAUAUGUUGACUAUUGUUGCUGCAGUUUUGACUGUCGUUUUGUUGUUUAUUUUAUUUUGUUUUAUCUUUCUCCUAUGAGUCACCCAAACUAUUUAAAAUCUUUAAAGUCUGUAGUUCCAAUUUAGUACUUGAAUGUCAAUUUGGUAAACUAUCACUACAUUCAAGCACACAGUUAAAGAAGUUCAGUGCCUUGCUGAUAAAAGGGAAAAAAAAGACAAGUUGUGGAGUGAUACUAUGCGGGCAGUUGCUUAAACUGAACCCCUUUUUAGCUGUUUCCUGCAGACCAUCAAAACUGAUAAAAGUACUGUACGCUCAGCUUUGGAGCACCUGUAAUUCUGAUGUUAAACAUCUGAAUUAUAACAAAGUGUGAUGCUGGCUCUUGACACAAAGGGUGUCUUUCCUGAAAGGUGGUAAUAUCAGCUACAAGUAAUGCUUUGCAGCAGCAAGUCGUGAACCUGUGGGAUGAUCAAAAGUGAUACUUGGCUGAUAGUUGAUAUGAAAUCCUCUGUGUCCUUGAUGGUUAUAAGUGUCAUCACUGAUGCUGAAUAUUUUUGAACGGUAAUCUUUUAGUUUCAAGUAGUUUGAAUCAUGUCUUUAUUGGCAGUGAGGUUGAACUGGGUUGUGCGACAUCGCCCUCUACUGGACAACUGGAGGACCUCCAUUCCACCAACAUAUCCACGCACUGUCUGAUGUACUUGUUUAUGCAAACAAUGCGAUAACGGUGUCUGUUUGUCGAUGUCCUCUGACAUCGUCAACAUGUCAUUCCAAACAAAGUGCCAACAGGAAGCAGUAAUGACUUUACAUUUGUUUUAUUUUGAAGUGUGGACUUUCGGAGAAACACUCACAUUUACUGUUUUUUACCUUUAGAGAAGAUUCUGUCUUUGUGUCCAGGUGACAGAUGAUGUGUUACUGAUACAGGAUUGUGCUGAAUAUGUUGUAGUAUUUGCACAGUGCUCAUGUCAUUAUUUACAGUCUGAAGUUAACUGUGGUAAAAACUAGAAUGUUGAAUUGA